AUGUCGUAUAUGCACAUUUCAACAGCCUUUGUAUUAUAUGUAGCAUUUAAUUCGUUUUCAGCUGCAGAAAAUAUUGCUCGGAAUGAGUUUGAUCAGGUUAAAAAUGUGAUGAAGAUGUUACAAGAGAAAGUUAAAACACAAGAGGCCAGGAUAAUAGACCUCGAAAAGGAAAUCGAAGCAUUGAAAAAUGGUGACGAAGGGUCGAGCAAACGGGCUAUGACGGAGAGCCGGAGACAGGAUGAAAAAGAGAAACAGCCGCCACCUCACUCGUACAAUCACCAGAAAGGCAAAAUGAUAGAUAUGCAAGACAAUGUUAACCAGGAAAAGCUAGGAAUACGAACCGUCCCUGCACCAACCGAGUGCAUGAUAGCGUUUUAUGCUUACAUGUCUACAACAGAGACUUACCCUGGUACUCACCACACCAUCAUAUAUGACAACGAGGUGACUAAUAUUGGAAACGGAUAUAACAGACUUUCCGGAAUAUUUACCGCUCCAGUUGAUGGUGUUUACGUAUUCUCGUGGACAAUAUUUAUGGGUCAUCCUGGUGAAUACAAAACAAUUGAGUUAAUGCUUAACAGCCGGCGUGUCGGAGCUUCUUAUGUUUAUGACUUGAAUGCAUAUUCCUCAGUUUCUGGUACCGCCGUUCUCUCUAUGCAGAAGAACGACAUAGUUUUUACAAGAACCUUUGCUACCUUUCCUCCUCAUGGUGCGAUACUGAUUGAUUACUUGAUGCGUUCUGCUUUCACUGGAUGGUGUCUGUCUUGUCAUUAAA